AUGCCACCUCAACACCCCUCACUACCGUUCCCUGAGCAGCAGCUCUUCUCUCCAAUUUCAAUCUACCCAACACUUCUCAAGAAAAAAGACAAGGGCAAUAAAAGCUCUUCAUCCGAAUCAGAUAGUUCCUCCUCAACCUCUUCCUCCGCCGCAGCAGAAGAUAACGACCCUUUCGAUUUUUCCACUCUACAAGCUGGAAUUGACAAAUCUCUAGAGAAACUCAAGAAUGAUUUAGGGAAAUUACGAACUGGAGGAAGAUUCAAUCCGGAGGUAUUAGAAGGACUACGAGUUAAGUUAGGGAAAGAUGCGAAAGAAAGUUUUCGGUUAGGUGAUUUGGCGCAGGUGUUGCCGAAAGGGGGACGAAGCGUCGCUGUGCUUGUUGGAGAGAAGGAUCACAUCAAACCUAUUCUCUCCACUAUCCAAUCUUCCACCCUUUCCCUUCAACCCACACCCGAUCCACACAAUCCUCUCGCUCUAAACAUUCCCAUACCACCACCUACCAAAGAAUCCCGAGAUGCAGCACUGCAAGCAGCUUCAAAAGCAGGAGAAAUAGCCAGCAACGGGGUUCGUAAUGCGAGAGGAGCUAUGCAGAAAAAGUUAAGAGCGAUGGAGGUAAAGAAAACAGUUAGACCUGAUGAUUCAAAGAAGGCGCAUAAGGAGAUGGAGAAGGUUGUAGAGAAAGGGAAUGGAGAAGUGAAGAAGAUUGUUGAUGCGGCAAGGAAGGGAAUGGAGCAGGCUUAG